CAAGGCAGCCGCUAUACACACAAUAGCAAUCAAAUCUCUUGGAUCAACCGAGAAGAUGGCCUCCGCCUCCAGGAUGCUCACGGUGGCGGUGCUGGCGGCGCUGUUCGCCGGCGCGAUGGCCGUGAAAGUGAAGUUGACGGUGCAGAAGGGGUCGGACAAAAAGAAGCUGGCGCUGAAGAUCGACUACACAAGGCCAAACGACAGCCUGUCAGAGGUGGAGCUCCGGCAGCACGGCUCAGAGGAGUGGCAGCCCUUGACCAAGAAGGGCGACGUGUGGGAGGUCUCGUGCUCCAAGCCGCUGGUUGGCCCCUUCAACUUCCGCUUCUUGUCCAAGAAUGGCAUGAAGAACGUCUUCGACGAGGUCUUCUCCACCGAUUUCAAGAUCGGCAAAACCUACGAACCGGAAUAUUGAUCCACACCGUCCAAGUUUCAGUUGAUCAAGAUCGUCGUAAUUAAUUAAUCCCCAUGCAUCAGUCGCGUUGGAAAUAUGCGCCUCCAUGAGUGGAUAGCUAGUGAAUAAUUUUUUAUGCACAUAGUACAUGCAUAUAGUAGUAGUAGGAGAAGCAACGACGGAUGUGUUUGCUCUCCCAUGCAUGCAUCCACUCUCGAUCGAUGCAGCACUUUUCUUUUGUGUAACCGAAUAUGCUCAAGAGUUUUGAGAUAUUUGAAUAUAUUUUUCCAUUCACCUUUA